AUGAAUAAUGCAUUUCCUUUUGUGGAAACAGGAGAAGAAGAAACAAAUGGAUCAUUAAUGGGCUUAAUGCGAUUAAGGUCCAGGGUGGAAGGAGGGCCAGCACCAGCUCCUGGCAGCAAGGCCACCAGCAAAGAGGCUGCUGUGAAGCAGAAGGGGAGGGGAGUGUUUAUCACUGACCUAGUGCCUAUUGCCUUUCUUAGUCUGAAAGCCUUUAGAAUCUUCACAUUUUCAAGAGAAAUGCCCCCUCUUGUGGUGCCUGCUGAUUACUGCAGCCCUAGCUUCCGGCAGGAAAGCCCCAAGAUGCCCAAUCCAGAGAAGGAGAACCUUCUGGGCCGCUGUACCACCACCCUGAGCACAGAGGAGCAGAGCGGCCCCCAGCACAGAAGACGUGAAACUUCUGGGCCACCAGACCACCAACCUGAGUGCCAAGGAGGUGGCUUUACGUUCCUCCUACAUGCCACCACAGAGAGAGCCAUUGAGCCCGGCUCUAUGGAUUCUUCUCCUCAAAGUCUCUCUGCCAGUAUCUCGCACUUGCAGAUGGAACUCCUGCGCAAGAAGGUCAAGAAGUGGAACCUCAAAUUGUGGCAGCGGAACCUAAAGCUACAGGGAGCCUCAAAUGUGAGCCUGUCAGAAACACAAAAUGGCAAUGUGCCCAUACAAACAGCAACAGUUGGAGGAAAAGUUAAAAAAUCCCUAAAACGUUCAGUGAAUGUGGGCUUGUCCAAAGUUCAAAAUGGAAAUGAGACUGAAGAAACAGCGGAAAAUGUCAAAGUUCAAAAGUCCCCCCAGAAAUCUACCAUAUUAACCAAUGGAGGAGCAGUAACACCGUCUCCUGAUUCAGAAUCGAAAAAGAAAAAGAAGAAGAAGAAAAUGAUGAAUGAUGCUGGGCCUGAUACGAAAAAAAAAAAAGCAAAAACUGAAGAAAGCACCAAGACUCAUGAACAAACAGAAUAUGGUGUGGGGAAAUCAAAUGGUGAGGAAGGUGAUGGUGAAGUACCCAGCCUGCCCCUGGGACUGACAGGAGCUUUUGAGGAUACUUCUUUUGCUUCACUAACUAAUCUUGUCAAUGAAAAUACUCUGAAGGCAAUAAAAGAAAUGGGUUUCACAAACAUGACUGAAAUUCAACAUAAAAGUAUUAGACCACUUCUGGAAGGCAGGGGUCUUUUAGCAGCUGCAAAAACAGGUAGUGGCAAGACCCUCUCAUUUCUCAUUCCUGUGAUUGAACUCAUUGUUAAGCUAAAGUUCAUGCCCAGGAAUGGAACACGGGCCCUUAUUCUGUCACCUACUAGAGAACUGGCCAUGCAGACUUUUGGUGUUCUUAAGGAGCUGAUGACUCACCACGUUCACACAUACAGGUUGAUCAUGGGUGGCAGUAACAGAUCUGCUGAAGCACAGAAACUUGCUAAUGGAAUCAACAUUAUCGUGGCCACACCAGGCCACCUCCUGGACCAUAGGCAAAGUACCCCAGGGUUUAUGUAUAAAAGCCUACAGUGUCUGGUUAUUGGUGAGGCAGAUCACAUCUUGAAUGUUGGCUUUGAAGAAGAAUUAAAGCAAAUUAUUAAACUUCUGCCAAUACGCAGACAGACCAUACUCUUUUCUGCCACACAAGCUCGAAAAGUUGAAGACCUAGCAAGGAUUUCUUUGAAAAGAGAGCCAUUAUAUGUUGGUGGGGAUGAUGACAAAAUUAAUGCCACAGUGGAUGGUCUUGAGCAGGGAUAUGUUGUUUGUCCCUCUGAGAAGAGAUUCCUUCUGCUCUUUACAUUCCUUAAGAAGAACCAAAAGAAGAAACUCAUGGUCUUCUUUUCAUCCUGUAUGUCUGUGAAAUACCACUACAAGUUGCUGAACCACAUUGAUUUGCCUGUCUUGGCCAUUCGCGGAAAGAAGAAGCAAAAUAAGCAUACAACGACAUUCUUCCAGUUCUGAAAUGCAGAUUCAGGGAUAUUGUUGUGUACAGACAUGGCAGCAAGAGGACUGGAUAUUCCUGAGGUCCACUGGAUUGUUCAGUAUGACCCUCCAGAUGACCCUAAGGAAUAUAUUCAUCAUGUGGGUAAAACAGCCAGAGGCCUAAAUGAAAGAGGGCGUGCCUUGCCCAUUUUAUGCCCAGAAGAGUUGGGUUUCCUUUGUUGCUUGAAGCAAUCCAAGGUUCCAUUAAGUGAGUUUGACUUUUCCUGGUCUAAAAUUUCUGACAUUCAGUCUCAGCUUGAAAAAUUGAUUGAAAAUAACUAUUUUCUUCAUAAAUCAGCCCAAGAAGCAUACAUGUAUAUACGAGCAUAUGAUUCCCAUUCUCUGAAGCAGAUCUUUGAUGUUAAUAACCUAAAUUUUCCCCAGGUUGCUCUGUCAUUCGGUUUCAAGGUGCCUCCUUUUGUUGAUCUCAGUAUCCUUCCUAUUGUUACUAAGCCAACUUGA